UGCCAUCGCAGCAUAUGAAAACGUCCGCAGACUUGCAAGACGAUACGAGCUACAGAUAAGUCUUCAAUACAGUCACUUCUUCCACGUAUAAUAAACAUGCAGAUCUUUGUGAAGACCCUCACUGGCAAGACCAUCACCCUCGAGGUUGAACCCAGUGACACCAUUGAGAAUGUCAAGGCCAAAAUCCAGGACAAGGAAGGCAUUCCCCCUGACCAGCAGAGGUUGAUAUUCGCUGGCAAACAGUUGGAAGAUGGCCGCACGCUGUCUGACUAUAACAUCCAGAAAGAGUCCACCCUCCAUCUUGUCCUGCGUCUGCGAGGUGGCAUGCAGAUCUUUGUCAAAACCUUGACUGGCAAGACCAUCACCCUUGAGGUUGAGCCCAGUGACACCAUUGAGAAUGUCAAGGCCAAAAUCCAGGACAAGGAAGGCAUCCCCCCUGACCAGCAGAGGUUGAUCUUCGCUGGCAAACAGCUGGAAGAUGGCCGCACGCUGUCUGACUAUAACAUCCAGAAAGAGUCCACCCUCCAUCUUGUCCUGCGUCUGCGAGGUGGCAUGCAGAUCUUUGUCAAAACCUUGACUGGCAAGACCAUCACCCUUGAGGUUGAGCCCAGUGACACCAUUGAGAAUGUCAAGGCCAAAAUCCAGGACAAGGAAGGCAUUCCCCCUGACCAGCAGAGGUUGAUCUUCGCUGGCAAACAGCUGGAAGAUGGCCGCACGCUGUCUGACUAUAACAUCCAGAAAGAGUCCACCCUCCAUCUUGUCCUGCGUCUGCGAGGUGGCAUGCAGAUCUUUGUCAAAACCUUGACUGGCAAGACCAUCACCCUCGAGGUUGAGCCCAGUGACACCAUUGAGAAUGUCAAGGCCAAAAUCCAGGACAAGGAAGGCAUCCCCCCUGACCAGCAGAGGUUGAUCUUCGCUGGCAAACAGCUGGAAGAUGGCCGCACGCUGUCUGACUAUAACAUCCAGAAAGAGUCCACCCUCCAUCUUGUCCUGCGUCUGCGAGGUGGCAUGCAGAUCUUUGUCAAAACCUUGACUGGCAAGACCAUCACCCUCGAGGUUGAGCCCAGUGACACCAUUGAGAAUGUCAAGGCCAAAAUCCAGGACAAGGAAGGCAUCCCCCCUGACCAGCAGAGGUUGAUCUUCGCUGGCAAACAGUUGGAAGAUGGCCGCACGCUCUCUGACUAUAAUAUUCAGAAAGAGUCCACCCUCCAUCUUGUCCUGCGUCUGCGAGGUGGCAUGCAGAUCUUCGUAAAGACCCUCACUGGCAAGACCAUCACCCUCGAGGUUGAGCCCAGUGACACCAUUGAGAAUGUCAAGGCCAAAAUCCAGGACAAGGAAGGCAUCCCCCCUGACCAGCAGAGGUUGAUCUUCGCUGGCAAACAGCUGGAAGAUGGCCGCACGCUCUCUGACUACAACAUUCAGAAAGAGUCCACCCUCCAUCUUGUUCUGCGUCUGCGAGGUGGCCAGUAAUCAAUCACAAUUCCAAGUUCUGAAUCUUAAAGUUCAAUAUAGUAGUUAAACUCAAAUGCAUUUGCCAUGACCCAAAUGUUCAGUGCACAUGGUUGAAUAAAUGAUUAAACCUA